CGUCAGGCAGUGGGCCGGGUUUUGCAGCCCGCAGUACUUGCGCCCGGUCACCGGGAACCUUGGCUGUCAUCUGUCCCACAGUAAAGAUGGCAGCGAACAAGUCGUACACUAUAGUAGAAUAUUUCGGCGGGGACGACGGCUACCGCUGUGGUUACUGCAAAAAUGAAAAGGGAAACUUCUCCCAUGGGAUGUGGUCUCACACCAUGACGGUACAAGACUAUCAAGACCUGAUAGAUCGAGGAUGGAGAAGAAGUGGGAAAUACGUGUAUAAGCCCAUAAUGAACAAGACAUGCUGUCCACAGUAUACCAUCAGAUGUCAUGCACUGAAAUUUCAGCCUUCCAAAUCCCACAAGAAAAUCCUGAAGAAAAUGAGCAAAUUCAUUUCCAACGGAGAAUUGCCAACAGGACAGGAUGAUGCUGAGCCAAUGGAUUCUGUGUGUGAAGAAGCUCGUCCACAGGAACCAAGUACGGUCUGUCACGCAGAAGUGAAGUGUGCUGCCAUAACAGACAUUCAGAAGGAAGUCGCAGAGUGUCCCACUGGCACUGAAGUUCAGAAGGAGGCAGUGGAUGCGGCACCUACAGGCCCAGAAACCACAAGGAAGGAUCUCAUGUCUGUCCUGGAUGAAAGAACAGCAGCUACAGCUCCUAAAGCAGGGAUGGGAGCUGAUCCCAGCCGGCCGCUGUGUCGUAAGGCCAAAGACCUGAGGAAGGAGCGACGUCUUCAGAAAGAGCAGAUGAGAAAAAACGCUGAUGUCUCUUCCAUUGUCUCUUAUACCCCACCGACUCCCACUCAUGCAAGCCAACCUAAAACCCUAGAAGAUUUCAUCAAUGAGUCAUUGCCUGACAAGUCUUCUCAUUGCCUUGAGGUGAGGCUAGUGCGCUCCAAUCCCCCUAGUCCGCAGUUCAAAGCCUCUUUCGACGCCUCCUACCAGGUGUACAAACUCUACCAGAUGGCCAUUCACAAGGACCCUCCUGACAAACCCUCCGAGAGCCAGGUGAGGCUAGUGCCGGUCAACUUUGAGGACCCUCAAUUCACAGCAUCCUAUGAGCAGUCGAUGGCACUGUACGCCCGCUACCAGAUGGCCAUUCAUGGUGAUGACCCCAGCGAAUGUAGUGAGAGCCAGUUCCGGAGAUUUCUCUGUGAUUCACCACUAGAGGCAGAGUACUCUCCUGAUGGGCCUGAGGUUGGCUACGGCUCCUUCCAUCAGCAAUACUGGUUGGACGGACGCAUUGUGGCUGUGGGGGUGAUCGAUAUCUUGCCCACCUGUGUGUCCUCUGUGUACCUGUACUACCACCCAGACUCUGCCUCACUGUCGCUGGGCUCCUACUCUGCUCUCAGGGAGAUUGCUUUCACUCGGCAGCUGCAGAAACAGUCCCCCAAGCUGUCCUUCUACUACCUGGGCUUCUACAUACACUCCUGUCCUAAGAUGCGUUAUAAGGGUCAGUACCGGCCAUCAGACCUCCUGUGCCCAGAGACCUUUGCCUGGGUACCAAUAGAGCGAUGCAUCUUGCAGCUGGAGAACUCCCGCUACGCUCGUUUCAACCAGGAUUCAGAUGCAGGAGACGCUCGGGUGCUGAAGGACGUGGGCAGAGCCAUGGUGCUAUACAGACGGACCGUCAUGCCUUACGCCGCCUACUCCCGCAAACGUAAAGGCUCCAGCGACGAGACGGAGGUACAGCAGUACGCCGGCUUGGUCGGCCAAGACUGUGCUGAAAGGAUCUUGCUCUACCGUGCUUGAACACACAGCGUCUCACCUCUGCACCUUUUUAACAAAGGCGAAUACACACUUCCCUGCAAUGUUUGUCUGUCUCUGUUACUGUCUCACCGUGUGUCUCCUCAGUCUGUGAAAGUGCUUUCUGUCGCCCCUGUAGUUCACCAUGCUUUGCUCUACACAGGCUCGGACCAUGCAGUAACCAUCUACUGUAUGUAUUUAGCCACUCACUCAUUGGCCUCAUAUGUUAGUGAUGUCUCAUUUACAUUUAUUUUGUGAGUGUAUUUUUAGUCUAUGAUUUCUGCAGCAUUCAUUCUCAAUUAAGCUCUUCUUCAUCAUUUUCUUUGAUUUUUACCUCCAUACAGGGACACAGACCCUGUGUGUAUAUUUUAAUAUCAUGUUUUCAUCACUUUGAUUCUUUUCGCACCAUCCUCUACCUGUUGCUGGUGUAAAGGAACAUGCAGCCACACACAGGUGAGAGCUCUCCUCAACAGAUAUGGGUUUAGAUGUCAGCAUUGCCUCAUUGAAUGUCCGGUGAUUUUGAAGGUGGCCCUCAGUUGCUCAGUUCAGAAAUCAUCAAGCUGAUGCAAACUACACCGAGAAGUAAAGAUUUUAUCAGAGGGUGUAUGUAAAGCAAAGAAGUCACCAUUGUCAAUGUUUUUGUCUGUUAUAUUUAUAGCUUUCAUUGCUUUUCAUUCAAUAUUGACACUGUUACUUUUGAUUAAACCAAAUAAAAGGGUUGC